AUGGGAGCGGGCUCGAGUCAACCCGCGCAUCAGCAGCACCGUCGGUCGCAGCCAGCCAGGCCGCCGCAGUACUACCCGCCCGUCCCCUACUCCGUCCCCGCAGGCGCCGUUCCGCAAGCCCCGUACGGUCAUGCGCCGUAUCCCUACGGAUACGCGUACCACCCGCAGGCCGGCGGCGGAGUGCCUCCCUCUCCGUGGCAGCACAACCCGCACUAUCCGCCUCCUCCGCCCGCCGCGCCGUGGUACGGCGGAUAUCCCGGGCACGCGCCGCCGCCAUACCAGGUUCCCGUGCCGCCGAUGAUGCCGGUGCCGCCUCCGCCGGUGGUAGCGGAGCCGCAACAAGCGGUGACGAUAAGGAACGAGGUGAACGUGAAGCGCAGCUCGCUGCGGUUGCUGCGCGACCCCGCAGAUCCCAGCAAGCACCUCGUCGCCUUCACCUUCGAUGCCACCGUCAGCGGCAGUGUGAGCGUGUUCAUCGCGGCGCAGGAGGGCGAGGGGUGCAGCUUCAGGGGGGUGUAUCAGCAGGUGCACACGCCAACGGUCGUGCGCUUCCCCAAGGGUCUCGGUCAGAAGUUCGUGCAGGCGUCAGGCACGGGCGUCGACCUCUCGUGCAUCCCGGAGGAGCAUCUCUUUAGGGUUUCAGGCCCCAGCCCCGUGUAUCCGCUCGUUAUUCGCACCCGCGUCGAGCCCAAAAGCUCGAAAUCCGCGACAGUAGCAUCGCCGAUUAGUAGCGGUAGCAGCGGUGUCAGUAACGUUCAGUCCGGCGCGCCCGCGAGCGCGUCGUCGUCGGAGCCGUGCUCCGCCGGCAGCAGCCAUGGCGUAGAAUCAUGCGACUCGGAUCCAGGCGCUCCGCUGCCCACGUCGGUGCAGUCUCAGAUGACGUACGCGGUGUUCGAGAAGGCCGCUGUAACGCGUACGGAGAAAGAGGGAGAAGGGGAGUCGGCGGAGGGCGGUAAGGGGAAGGGCACAGGGGAGCUGCCCGGGCUGUUCGUGGUGCGGCCGGUGAAGCAGAAGAUCUGGGUGGACGGCACCAGCUACGAGGUGCAGGUGCGUGCGCGGGUGGGGCCAAUUCUCUCAUGGUUGCACGACUCCACUCCCCUCGACCUUUUGCUCAUCAAUUUCCCGUCCUUGCAUUCACCCACCACCCAUCCUUGUAUGUACAUCACCACCACACUCACCUCCCCCUCCCCCCCUCUCCCCCCCACCUACUCCUCUUCCCUCCAUUGCUGCCUGGGCUGGCUAGACACCACCGUGCUGCCCUGCCGCCACAUGUGCAUGUGUGCGGACUGCGCCAAGGUGCUGCGGUACCAGACCAACAAGUGCCCCAUCUGCCGCCAGCCCGUGCAAUCAUUGCUCGAGAUCCGAGUGCCGCCCAGACUGCCCUCGCUGGACGGGCCGGAACCGACUUCCCCUGAGGCGCAGGGAGAAGUAGCGGCGGGGAGGCAGGGGCAUGCAGAGGCGCGUUCAGGGCCUCCACUGGCAGGGUCGGACGGCCGUGCCGAUCCUAGGUCUGCAGCGGCGCAUGCGGGCAGUGGUGCUGCUGGGGAAGGAGGUUCCCAGGGGCACGGUGAGGCGAGCAGAGGUGUGGAUUCAGCGGCAGGGAGGAGCACAGGUGUGAGGGGUGGUGGUGGUGGAGAAGGACCGGGUGGCAGUGCUGAUGUGGCAGGGUUGGCUGAUCAAGUAGACUCGCUUCUGUUGGGUACAGGUAGAGGCAGAUGA